AUGACAGAUCAAAUACUCACCCAGCGAAUGUUGAGCAGGAGAACUGGACAGCUCUGCAAAUGUAACAAGAGAUUCCCAGGCACGCGAAUGCCACCUCCGAAGCUCCCCAACCUACGUGCAGGUGCCUCCCUAAUUCAUUCUUUCCAUUUUGCAACAAGGGGGAAUCCUCAUCAUAAAUCGGGACCAUUCGCUGCAUCGCAGUCAUUCGCAGCUCUCAAAGCUGAUGCUUCACAUGUAUACAUUCUUGCAAAAGGCAGCCUGCAAGAAAAAUCAAUGCCUCUCCCCUCAGGCCUAGAAGAACUCGACACACUGAUCUCUGCAACUUUUCAGUUCCUCUCAUCAGUUCUUGCACCCAACGAUGAAAGAAUCUACGCCUUGCAAACAAAGUGUCUGCAGAGGACAGUGGUGUCCUCACUCCCAACCACCCUGUUGAAGAAUGAAAUUGGUCACUCAAGGCAUGCUAAACCUCAUACUCAGCAAGACAGAACUCAUUUCCGCAAAGAAGUUCCCCAGGAACAGAUAAAAGCUGAUGCAUCUUGCUGUGGGAGGUGCAUGGGGUUGUGUCUCCUCUGCCUUGGCCAGGCCAACGGUGGUACCCCGCUCAUGCACCGCAGUGUAGCUGGGAGCAUGAUUGUGUGGGGAGGGGUGGGAGCAGGAUACAGAUGCCAGAGUAUGAAAGGGGCAAGAUGUUGGUUAUCUUGGGGGUUGUUUAUGCACUUUUGGGUGUUUCCUCGUGACUGGGCCUACUCCUGCUCCUACGGCCAAGACUUCUACAUUAGUGUUGCCAUGGCUUCGGCUUUUAGCUGGUUCAAGCCACAGCCGAGCUGA